AUGCUUUCCAUACUAAUAUGGAUGGCGUCUGCGUUACUAGCGUAUUUUCUGCUGAAACGUCUAAUCCUCGAACAUUUCUAUAUGGACUAUGUCGGGAAAUAUGUGUUCAUCACCGGUUGCGAUAGUGGUUUUGGACGAUUGUUGACGUUGAAAUUGUUGAAAAUGGGUGUGAAUGUGUUUGCCGGCUGUUAUACAGAGCAGGGCCUUGAAAGCCUAAUCGAACAAGGUCGUAGAUUCGGUGCUGGACAAUUACAUACUGUUCGAAUUGAUGUUAAAAAAGAUGAAAGUGUGAGGGAAGCGUUCAUCAAAGUGGAAAAAAUUCUCAAUGAUCAGAAUGCUCAACUUCACGGCAUAGUGAACAAUGCUGGAGUGUUUACCACAUUUGGUCCGGAUGAUUGGUGUUCAACGGAUGAAUAUCUGUCAUCGUUGAAUGUAAAUACGCUUGGUGCCGUACGUGUUUGCCAUAAUUUUCUACCGUUGGUGAAGCAGAGUAAGGGCCGAGUUGUAACGAUGGGUUCGACCGCUGGACGUCUCCACGGUCUCUAUGUAGGACCAUAUGUUACUGCUAAAUUUGCUGUGGAAGCUUACAUGGAUUGCCUUCGACUGGAGAUGCGACCAUUUGGCGUGUCAGUUCACAUUUUGGAACCGGGAGCAUUCAAGACCGAAUUACUAAGCGAAGAUGCGCAACACAGCCGUGUGAAUAAGAUAUGGGGAAAACUACCGAUGUCGGUAAAAAAUGAGUAUGGCGAACAAUUCAAGGAGAACUUUAAAAUUGCUUGGCAAACUGGUGUGAAUCUUGUGGCAAAUCCGAAUCUUAAUUGGGUGGUUGAUAGUUACGUUCAUGCUUUGUUUUCAUUGUGGCCAAGACUGAGGUAUGCUGCAGGCUGGGACGCAAUAUUUUGCUUUAUUCCUCUAAGUGUGCUUCCUACGUGGAUACAGGAUACGAUUCUACACUUCAUGUACUCAAUGCAACCUGGUCCUCCGUUAAAUCCAGCAUCAUUGACAAAGAAAGAGAGUCUCCCAUUGAUGGGAAAGUUGUCGCCGGUUUUCGGCAAAGCUGGUCACCUCAGUGUACUGUCCGUGAUUGUUGGAACUCUAUACGCACGAUCGCUGUGCCCUUUUGUGACCGCACGAGAUUCUCAACGUGGAAAUGACACAAUGACGGAAUGA